UGUAGCUAGCUUGGUUUAAUCAUUUAAUCGUGUUUGAACAUGUUUCUUUUAUUUUUCUUACUGGCUUUGCCAGUAAUUUGGUUUUUGUACAUGGAGUUUAAAGUAGCGCGUAAGAAACGUAUUUUAAAUAAAGUGCCCGGUCCAGCAACAGUGCCGGUCUUUGGAAAUGCUCUUCAAUUUGGAAAAAAUCCUACUGAAAUCGUAAAUAAAUAUUUUGAACUGUGGCAUGAAAAUGGCAUGGAUAACUUUCGGUUCUGGAUUGGCUAUUAUGCUAACAUUUCCAUAAGCAAUCCCAAGCACAUGGAGUAUAUAUUAAACAGCAAUACACUGAUACAAAAGUCUGAUAUCUACGACAUGCUGCAUCCCUGGCUGGGACUUGGUUUGCUUACCAGCACUGGCAGCAAGUGGCAUAAGCAUCGCAAGAUGAUUACUCCUUCAUUUCAUUUCAAUAUACUGCAAGAUUUUCAUCAGGUCAUGAAUGAGAACUCAACGAAAUUCAUUAAGCUGCUUAAGCAAGCUGCAGCUGGCGAUAGCAUUAUAGACUUUCAGGAUCAAGCGCAUUAUCUUACUUUGGAUGUUAUCUGCGAUACGGCAAUGGGUGUAUCCAUUAAUGCAAUGGAUCAGCAUGAUUCCAAAGUGGUUAAGGCGUUUAAAGACUUGUGCUACAUUAUUAACUGUCGCGCAUUCGAUCCGCUCAAGCGCUCAGAGUUGCUGUAUCGCUUUUCUCCUGAAUAUCCUGCCUACAAGGAAUCACUUACAGUACUGCAAAAUUUCACAAAUGAAAUCAUUGAAAAGCGUAUUGAGGCACAUCGCUCGGGCAGCGCCAAGCAGCAUGAGGGCGAUGAGUUUUCCAGAAAGAAAAUGGCUUUUCUGGAUACGCUGCUGUCUUCCACAAUUGAUGGACGUCCUUUGAAUCAACAGGAAAUUUACGAAGAGGUUUCUACUUUUAUGUUUGAGGGUCAUGAUACGACAACUUCGGGAGUUGGCUUUGCUGUCUAUUUGCUGUCCAGAUUUCCAGCGGAGCAGCGCAAGAUAUUCGAAGAGCAACGUCAAAUUAUGGGCAGUGACUUAGGUCGCGAUGCCACCUAUCAAGAACUUGCGGACAUGAAAUACCUCGACUUGUUUAUAAAGGAAGCGCAGCGUGUGUAUCCCAGUGUGCCAUUCAUUGGUCGUUAUACCGAAAAGGAUUAUGAUAUACACGGCACAAUAAUUCCCAAGGGCACUACCAUAAAUCUAUCGCUCAUGGCUCUGGGCUACAACAGUCGCAUUUUCAAGGAGCCGCAUCGCUUCAGGCCAGAGCGCUUUGAAACUGAAAAGCCAGGCCCAUUCGAGUAUGUGCCCUUUAGUGCUGGGCCACGCAAUUGCGUUGGUCAAAAGUUUGCGCUGCUGGAAAUUAAAACAAUAACAUCGAAAAUUGUGCGCAGCUUUGAGGUGCUGCCUGCCGUGGAUGAACUUGAAUCGACAGAUGGUUAUCUUAACACAUAUUUGGGACUACCCAAUGCAGAAAAACUGCGCAAGGAAGCGCAGGGACACAAGUAUGAUCCUAUACUGUCAGCAGUGCUUACAUUAAAAUCAGAAAAUGGACUGCACUUGCGUUUGAGAGAAAGAAAAUAGAAUUAUUUUUAGGCUUUUCAUUUUUUUUUUUUUUAUGGGUGGUUUUUAUAUGGGUGAGCUAUUAAAAAAAGUCAAAAUGCAUAAUAAUAAUAAAACCUAGCAAUAAUUAAAA